AUAUCGCAUGCAAUACUCUAGUAUUACAACAAUAACAAUGAAAGUAUUUAUAUUUUUGCUGUGCAUUUGGGGAGUGGAUUUAACAAAUGGUCGAUAUGCUCGUUGUAUAAAUCCAAAUCAGCGUCCCGGUCUCUGUGUCCAGAUAGGUGAGUGUCAGACACUGUAUUCGGUAUUGCAACAGGCCAACCUGUCACCGAUGGAGAAGCAAUUUGUCAGGGCAUCCGGCUGUGGCAUGGGCACCGAUAAUCGUCCCUUUGUCUGCUGCACCAGGGAUACAGGUUACACCCGCAGUCGCCGUUUGACGCCCUCGUUUUCGGACUAUGGUGACUUUGGCUUCGAUAAUAGUUGGAAUCCAGCACCUACAACAGCUGCACCACGCACUCAGCUAUUUCCCAGCCAGGAUUUUAGACCUUGGAGUUUCGGAGAAGAGAGCAUAGAAAGAAAUGUGGUGCAGGGACAGGGCGAUGGCUCCAGUUUAUUGCCACAGCCACCGACCUGUGGUGGCGUUACCAUCGACAACAAAAUCUACGGUGGCGAGGACACUGAUCUUUAUGAAUUCCCCUGGACAGUGCUUCUGGAAUACAGACGCGUCACGGGCAAUGGACUGUCCACCAGCUGUGCGGGCACGUUGAUUAAUCAGCGUUAUAUUCUAACCGCAGCUCAUUGUCUAACGGGACGCAUUGUGCGAGAUAUUGGACCACUUGCCUCGGCGAGACUUGGGGAGCACGAUACGCGCAGCACUGUGGACUGUCCCAAUGGAGGUGGAACCUGUGCCCCGGCAGCUGAGCGUGUGGGCAUUGAAGAGUUGCGUGUGCAUGAGCUCUACAAGGAGUCAUCUCCAAAUCAAUUACAUGACAUUGGCCUGAUCCGUUUGGAGCGCAAUGUGCGAUAUUCGAACAGUAUUCAGCCUGUUUGUUUGCCCUCUGUGGUGGCGCCUGAAACAAAGCGAGCUGGUCAACAGUACACGGUGGUUGGUUGGGGCAGGACCCUGCAGACAUCUCGUAGUCCUGUCAAACAGAAGCUGACCGUCAGCUACGUGGAGCCGGCGCAGUGCAAACGCAAAUUUGCCGAGCGUAAGAUUAGCAUUGUGCCGACUCAGCUCUGCGCUGGUGGCAAGUAUGCCCAGGAUAGCUGCGAUGGUGACUCUGGUGGUCCUUUGAUGCGUUUCCGUGACAACUCCUGGGUGCUAGAGGGCAUCGUAUCCUUUGGCUAUAAGUGCGGACUCAAAGAUUGGCCCGGUGUCUACACGAGCGUUGCGGCCUACGACAUCUGGAUAAAACAGAAUGUGAGGCUCUAAACCCAACCCCUACAACCUAGGUUAAGUUUGAAGCUCGUAUUGUGAUCUUGCUUUCCAUAAUCGUACAUUGUGCAUAUAAUCAUAAUCAUUAACAAACAAAUAUAUGCAAUAUUUAUUCAUAAGUGUUAGCUACUCGUAUUUAGUCAAUAAAUAAAAUAAUACCCAAUAACAUGUGAA